GACGUAAUCAUGACGUCAAGCGUUGUUUACGGUGUGACUGCUGCUACUACAGUUUUGCCUUUCUUGUAUUUUAUGAACUCCGCUUUUAUUGGGAACUCGAAACAGACAUGUUGAAAAUUAUUUGAAAAGAACUUUAAGCUGUGAUGCCCUGGUAAAAGGACCAGACCUUCUUUUCUUCAAGUGGAGGAUAAUUUUAGAAGAAGAUGGCAACUGAACUCCAUGAAACCAUAUGCAUGGCAAAGCAAGAAAGACACAAAAACCUUUUUUUAAACUAUAAGAACUUGAACAUUUUUCCAGUUGAAUUGCUUAAAGAUGAAGGCCUUCAAUUUCUUGAGAGACUAUAUAUGAAGAGGAAUUCACUUACUACACUGCCUGAUAAUCUUGCACAGAAGCUUCCAAAUCUAAUCGAACUGUAUCUACACUCAAAUAAUAUAGUUAUCAUCCCAGAAGCAAUUGGAAACUUGGCAAGACUGCAGUCACUGGAUUUGAGCAACAAUGCUCUUCAGAUGCUUUGUCCAGAAAUUGGCCGAUUGAGAUCUUUAAGGCAUCUGCGACUGUCCAAUAACCAGCUAAAAUGCCUUCCUUCAGAGAUAGGUGACCUACAGGAACUUGAGACUCUGGAUGUGUCCAUGAACCAGCUAAUCUCCUUGCCUGACAAACUGCACCAUUGUCUAUCACUUCAGAAUCUCACAGCAGACCACAACCACCUAAGACAUGUUCCCCGGCAGCUCUGCUGGCUACAUCGCCUCAACCAGCUUUCAAUGGCUGCUAACAGACUCAACUUUCUUCCACUUGAUUUAGGCCGGUCCCGGGAACUGCAGUUUGUGUUUGUUGACCACAAUUCAGAUCUGAAAGGUCUUCCCUCCUACCUUUACAACAAGGUUAUUGGCUGCAGCGGGUGCGGAGUUUCUACUCAAGUACAGGAAGAAGGUACAAAUGACACACUGGGAGCACUACCCGCUGAAGUAAAGGUUGUAGGCUCAAGGUCAGGUACUGUGGUUCCCUUGGAGGAGCUUGCCUUACGGACCUUGAACCGUGUCUACCACCACAGGUUACCAGAUCUGCAACUUCUGCCUAACAUGACAUUGCCUAAGAGUCUCCUGGACCUGCUGCAGUUUCCUCUGGGCCACUGUCACCGCUGUAGCCAAGCCAUGUUUACCAUCAUUUACCCCAAACUGUUCCCCCUCAGAGAUACAGCACUGGCAGGAGUGCAUCGCAGGACAACAGUGAGCUUUGUAGCCUAUUGCUGUUCUAGUCAAUGCCUUCGGACCUUUGACCUUCAGGGAUGACCUAGUUUACUUUCAAGAGAAAUUCUGCUCUGAAAAAUUACUUCUACUGGAACAUGGCAAAUGAAGAUAUUCAACCUAUGUGACAGUUUGCAAGAGCUGACACUAACAUUUCCAAAAAACAUAACCACAGUUCAUAAGUUAACCAGAAAACUAUGCUACUAUUAUUUAAUUGGAUCAGUGCUUUUCAACAUACUUGCAUAAUGCAUAAUUUGACACUUUUCUUCACAUAGUGAAUCUUUCACAAGCAUGUAAUAACAGCAAAUGUAUUGAUAUUGAGGGGUACAAUUUGUUGCUCAGAUAUGACACUUCAAAACAAUAAUUGACCAAUGUGUUUAAAACUGACAGCAUUUUUAUUUGCACUGAAUCAGUAUGGAUAUUUGCUACUUUAGUGACAGGAAUGCUUUUUAAUUAUUGAGAAAAGAAAAAAAUACAUUGGCAGUGAAGUCAGUGAUGACAGAAGCCUGACUGUUUGUUUUAUAACAGAAGUCUGUUAGCAUUUUUACUGUUGUAAAUUAUCAUAUGUGUUGGUUAACUGAGGUAAAUAUUUACCAAUGUUCCACUGUGUUUGUUAUUUUUCUAUUCUAAGUUAAAGGUGCUCUAUGGACACUAGUGGUUUGCCUGAAAUCUGCCAUAGUAUGGUAUUAAUAAGAUAUUUAUCUAGCAUUUAUUUCACUAUGGAUGUUUUUAGUGCCCAAAAAUACCUUUAACAAGUCUUUGCUUACUGUGGGCAGAGUGUCUCUCCCCAAAUCUGACCUUUAACUUGUCUUCAUGGUGCCACGUUUGUUUCUCGAUGGGGCGAAGUUUAAUGCCGUAUUGUAUAGUAUUUUAAUCUUGGCAAAGCAAUAACCAAAUAGCCUGAAUUUGCAGACCAAGGUCUCAAUGCAUCCUUUGUCAGACUUUUAAAUGUAGAAAGUGAUUACUAAUUUCUUUGUGCUCCAUGUAUUAUAUCUGCCACUUGAUGUUUUCAGCUUUCUUAGAGGGUGAUCUCUAGAGUGACAAUGCACACAGUUAGAGAGCAGAGAAAUCACUUGGAGAAUUGUUGGAUAUAAAAAGGUUGAAUUAUAAAUCUUCUCCAUUACUAGAAUCGAUGUUUCAACCAUUACCGUGUUCUUGUCUCACUGAUGAUUCAACCUUCUGUUGGCCCAGUGGGACUAUCGUAUCUCCACUGAGUACACACACAAGGUGCAUGUUCUGCAUGCGCUCAUGGAAACAAAGGCAAAGCGUUCACACAUGAAUAAAGGUCAGAUAAAAAAGGAGAGGCCAGACCCAAAACAGAAAUUAAUCUUCUAUCCUGUUCAUGCAACUCCAUUUUGUUCACAUGGAUCAUGCUUUGGUGUAUAUGAUUGAUGCCUACAAUUUCUGUCUUGCAUAGUAAGUAGUUCCAAUAGUGAACUGAAUAACUCUUAAAGACUGAAUACAUGCAA